AAUCGGGUAAUUAAGGUGCGGGAGGUGGUUCCAAGGUCGAUGAGGUAGAGUGGGGCAAUCAGUUGCCCUAGUGAGGAUACAUUUUUCAGCAUUAGUGGGUGACACUUCGCACAACUUGCAAGUUGAGUGUCUACAAGAUAAAUUCGUCGCUUCCUUUUUUUUUCUGGUUAAUUCGUGGAUAAUUCACGACUUGCUGUCUUUGGGUGAAUCAUUAAUUAUUAUUGAUCAGUAUUAAUUGGUAAUUAGAGAAGUGACUGAGUGUGGUCGACUGGAUGGAGGGCAGUGGAAUGGAAAAGUGAAGGAGGGUCUUCUGGGCGUAGGUGAAGCCGUAUAUUUCGAUCGGUCAGGAAUUAUGGUGGACAGAGAGGAUGAGAACGAGGGCGGAAGCUCACCGGAUACUGUGAUUGCACGGGCCGAAUUUGAAGAGGUCAGGAGACGCAGGCAGAAGAGCACAUCUGCUUCUGAUUCCAGAUUCAGUCUGGAUUCUCGUGGCCUGGAGGUCCAGGCUGGGGCCAGUGCUGGGGUCCUCGAGGAGAAGAAGAAGAAACGAUUCGGCGGCCUCAAGAACACCUUCCGGAGGGACAGCGGAUUCUUCAAGAAGAAGGACAAGAGUGUGGACUCGAAAAAUUCGGGGGAUGUCGAGGCUUACGAGGACUCCUCCAAAGAGACAACCAGAAGAACGUCUGCACCACCGGAGAAGAGAUCCUCACCGCCUCCAGCUCCAAGUCCAUCCCCCCCAGUGACGAGGAUGAUGAAGAAGAAGAAGUCCGGUUCCCUCGUUCGCAAACUCAGUCUGAGUAAAUUUCGUCUGGGCUCGAGCGAUCAGGAGACACGUCAGACACCUGAAGGAGGUGACAGCAGUCGCUCCCAGAGUCAGUCAUCCCAGGAUUCACCUGGUUACCCAGAGAGUCCAGUGAAGUCCAGUAAAAAGGCUGGACAUGUGAGUCGUGCUGAUGAGGACAGAGUGAAGGGUAGGGAGAAGAGACCUCCUGUAGCGACACCCACAUCGGAGAGGGGUAACCCAGGUACGUGGGGGCAAGAUAGGGAGGAGGGGGUGCCCGAUGGCAACCAACGACGGGCCGACGAUGCUAAACCCCGACACAAACUCGAGAAAACAGUCAGCACUGUCACUGUUGUACAGCGCAAGUCACCCUCCGUCACCAUAAGGACGAGUUUUCCUCAGGAUCGUACAUUAACUCCAGUGAAGGAGCCUCGCCCUGACCCCUCAGGGAGUCAAGCAGUGUCAACGCUGCCUUACGCCCUGUCCAAAUGGUCUGACCACUCGGUAGACAUUCGAGGAGCCUCGAAGAAGCUGAAGCUAGCGGUGAAAGCUGGAUCUGAGUCCUCCCUGAGGACACCCCCAGUGACGCCGCCCGUGGAGCUCCGAAGGAAAUUAUCACUGCUCGAGGAGAAGAGGGCGAUAUUCCAGCGGAAGUUCUUCGCAAGCUCCGAGGGAAUUCCGUCCCUUGAGAACUCCAGGGACACGGUUGUCGGCAUCAAGGGCUCAAGCCCCGAGGACAAGAGUGAAGACGAUCCUUUGCCUGAUAAUUUCGGUAGCAGGCGACCCUCCAAACACAUCAGUGUGCGGACUUUCGAUAUUUACUCGACCGUCGACGGGGACUUCGACGAGGAGUCCGAGGAUUAUCUGGAGGGAAUUGAGGACCAGGAGGAUCAGGAGGAACCUGUGAGCAUGGCCCUCGCCGGGGAGACCUCCGCGGAGGCCUCUAGGACCCUCAGCGUUGAAAGUGGGUCGACGCACAAUAGCGCACCGAGUGCGGGCGUUGGUGAGAAGAGAGAGCAUUUGUAUAAAAUUCUAGUUAUUGGAGAAUUGGGAGCUGGUAAAACAUCAAUUAUUAAAAGAUACGUACAUCAAUUCUUUUCACAACAUUACCGGGCGACUAUUGGCGUUGAUUUUGCCCUGAAAGUCCUCAAUUGGGAUCCACACACUAUUAUCAGGCUGCAGCUAUGGGAUAUCGCAGGACAAGAGAGAUUCGGGAAUAUGACGAGAGUGUAUUACAAAGAAGCCGUUGGUGCCUUUAUCGUCUUCGACGUUACGAGAAGCGCAACUCUGGAAGCUGUGGUCAAGUGGAAACAGGAUCUCGAUUCCAAAGUGCAACUUCCCGAUGGCUCACCAAUUCCAUGUGUUCUUCUCGCUAAUAAAUGUGAUCAGCAGAAAGAGGGAUUAGUCAAUUCACCAGGAAAAAUGGAUGACUACUGCAAGGAGAAGGGCUUCGCCGGAUGGUUCGAGACCUCGGCGAAGGAGAAUAUUAAUAUCGAAGAGGCUGCUCGCUUUCUUGUCAAUAAAAUACUCCAAAACGAUCAAUUAAUGAAGGGUAAUGGCGCCCAGGACCAAGUGGAUGGUGAACGUUUUGCCCUAAAUCAAUCACCAACGAGUUCAAAGAAAUCGUGCUCCUGCUGACAAAGUGCAAUUAAACUCAAUGAUCCGCCCAAUGUGGAGUACAACGAGACCACGCGAAAGACUGCCAUCGCGUUGAUCACCUAUUCGAUUUACAAUUACGUGUUUACACAUUGAUUACCCUGUGACGUGCAAUAAUGCUAGCCAGUUGACGUACGUUUAUGGCUCUUUGCCACGUAAACUUAUUUAAGAAGAAUUAUUGAGACGGAGAGAGUAGAAGACUCUCGGAGAUUAUGUUCCAUGCCAUUCCAUUUACCUAAUUAUUUUUCAACCCCUGUGUCCACUCCCACCUGUUAACUUCAACGUAAAUUCAAUUACGAUAUGGAGUUUUAACAGAGUCCCAUGUUUACCCUGAAUGUCGCUUCCAGCGCGGUCUCUGUGCCAUUUUUUAACACAUUCAUUGUUAAAAAAAAUUCGCAAAGACUUUCUACAGAAUUUGUAGGUAGUAGAUAAUUACAGGAGCUAUUCGGUUUUUAGAAACAAAAAUAUCCCUUAGAAAAUAUUGUGAAAUAAAAAUAGCGGACUUUCUGUUUUUGAUCUAUCCCAAGAGAAUAUUUUUCUAUUGAAAUAUUUUCUGUAGAAUCGCUUGAAUUUUAACUUUCAAGUUUUUUCAUUACAGUUUUUUAACCAAAGAAUCGAAAAAUCCUGCUUAAAAAAUUUUUCACUGUAAUUGAUUUGUCAAUGGAACUUCUUGAUAAGAUCAAGAGAAUAUUUACACGGUUUUCCAAAAAAUCUAGUUGACUUCCACUCCCGUCAUUCCACAAAGUUGCAUUCCAUUCAGCGAGAAAUCGCGGUUAAAUUGUUGUUCGAUGAUGAAAUUUUAUACAGCCAAUUGAAUAAUGAAUAUUACGAAGAUAUAUAUGUAUACAAGGAUUAUUGAAGAUAUUUAACAUCACGAGAGUUUCAAUAAAAAAUGAAACGAUGUAAUAAUGUUUGUAAAUAACUAAGAAUUUUAGGGUAACAGAACCAUUUUCUUGUUCUUGUGUCUCGGUGAGUCGUUGCAAUCAUUUCUUUUUCCUCUCCUCCGUCGUAAUUAAGGUAUUUACACUUUUAUAUAACACUGUAAUCACUCUUUAUGACUCACGAGGCGACGAUUCUGAAAUAGUCCGAGACGGUUUGAAUAACCAUUUUUAGCAACAGUAUCUUGAAUUUUGUCUUCAUUAAAUUCUUGUUUUGUUUUAUGUAAGUCAAAACGCCAUUAAAUUAUACUCCAUUGUUA